AUGACUCCUGCCCUACCAAAUGCGAAUAAUAUUUGGAGCUUGCCUUAUGCUGUGAUGAAUUAUGCCUCAAGAUUUACGAAUGUGAACCAUGGACCAAAUCUUAUGCCAUUUCCCCCACAUCCCGCCAAUGUUCAUAUGGAUUUGUUGGCUCGUCAAGAUCAAGCUGGAAAUGUUAAUAGGGGAUUGAGCAGAGAAAUUAUUUUUGCACGUAUGAAUCGCGUCAUGUAUCAGUUAACCGAAAUUUCUACAAGUGAUGAGGAUACAUGUUCUAUUUGUUUGGAUUAUUACUCUGAUGGGCAGAUUAUUGGAAGCACUGACUGUCACCACACCUUUCACUUUGAUUGCAUCAAUCAAUGGCUCAUGCAAGUGAAUUCAUGCCCCAUUUGCAGAAGGACUGCAUUGGCAGUCUAA